GGCGGCCCGUGGUCACACUUGUCGACGACGAUGAAUGGUGACGAGAAUGGAGUUGUUAUCUACGACGAAUCGGCACGAGUUCGUCUUGGGUCGACGAGAGUGGAAUAUCAGCCCAGCGCGCUCCUCGCUUGCCUGCUGUGAAUUACACGAUUUGGUGGAGCAAGGUUCAGCGUUUGUUUUCAUCUACACGUUCAUCCGCCGUUCCUUAAAGGGCCAGACAGCCCAGGACUAGCAGACCGAGAGUAUUUACAUCUUGUGGAUGCCCGCAUAACUGCACCCGCUCAAGCACGACGCCACCUCGUACUACCGCAAACAACAGCAAGAUGGGCGUACAGAAACAAGAUCACAUUAUCAUCGUUGGCGCAGGGGCCUUUGGCCUCUCAACGGCACUUCAUCUGUCUCAGAAUGGUUACUCCAACGUCACCGUGUUCGAGCAGGACGAUGAGGUUCCGUCAAGGUACUCGGCUGCCAAUGAUCUUAACAAGAUCAUGCGUGUUGAAUAUGAGGACCCCUGGUACACAGAUCUGACCAUGGAAGCCUCAGAGGCUUGGAAAUCCCCCCUCUUCUCUCCCUACUUCCACAGGGUCGGCUUCCUGCACUGUGCAUCAGGCAAGGCGGGGCAAAAGGCGGUUGACACGCUGAACCGGUUCCGCGCGGCCGCAGAGAGGCACCCAGAGCUGCGCCGGUUCGUGGUGCCGCUGGACUCAAAGACCGACAUCCAGGACGCAACCUGGCAGCUCCAGGGCCCGUUGCCGGGUUGGAAGGGCUACCUGAACCGCUUCGACGGCUACACUCACUCAGCGGAUGCGCUGAGGGCGGUGCACCGGGCAGCGGGGACGCGGGGUGUAAAGUUCGUGCUCGGUCGCACUGCAGGCGCCGUGGAGGAGAUCGUGUACGACGGCGGCGGCAGCAGCAGCACGAGCGGGAAGCGGGCCAAGGGCGUGCGGACCAAGGACGGCCGGUUCCACCCCGCUUCGCUGGUCAUCGUGGCCGCCGGCGCCGUGGCAUCCAAGCUGGUCGCCGGCGCCGGCCAGUUUGUGCACGCCAAGUCGUGGUCGGUCGCGCACAUCCAGCUAACGCCCGAGGAGAGCUCGUCCCUGCGCGGGAUCCCCGUCGUCUACGCGCGUGACCUGGGCUUCUUCUUCGAGCCCGACCCGGUCACUCACCUGCUGAAGCUGUGUCCCAUGGGCGCAGGCUUCGUCAACACCGACCGCGCUACCGGCGUGUCGCUGCCGCCUGCGCAGCACACCGACAGCACGGGCUUCCUGCCCGUUGAGGACGAGGCCAAGUUGCGGGAGCUGCUGCGUCAGACGAUUCCUGCGCUGGCGGACAGGCCGUUCGUCCGGAAGUCCCUGUGCUGGUUUGCCGACACCGCUGAUUCGGACUUUGUGGUCGACUACGUGCCCGGCUCUUCAAGCUCUGUGGUCCUGCUGUCGGGCGACUCAGGCCAUGGAUUUAAGAUGUUCCCUAUAGUUGGAAAGUGGAUCACUGAGCUGUUGGCCUCCCCGAGCGGCCAGACAAACGCGCGGUGGCGGUGGAAGGAGCCGCCAAAGGCAGGAGGGGACUGGGGUAGUGCUGUGAGCUGGAGGGUCGGCACGACAACCGAGUUUGCGGACAUCAAGAAGGCUGGUAGGGAGAGCAAGCUGUGAUUGCAUGGUUCUCGCCGUGACACCCGACACUCCUUGUGGACUUUUCUUCGAGGCAUGGCUCAUUCUUUAGUAGCGUAGCGCAUCAAUAGCUAGUUUUAC